AUGAAAAUCUUAAAUGUAGCUUUUAUAAUUUUUGGACUUUUUAAUAAAUUAUUUUUUUUAACUAAAAUCGCAACUUUUGUCGAAUCUCACUCAAUUUAUGAUGAGAUUCUCCCUGUGGAUUUAACCGGUACCCGCAGCUAUGUUGUGUUUGACCUGUUUCACGAUUCGGAUAACUAUUACCCGUUGGGACUAAGUGUUAAAACUCGAAAUGUCUCUGAUAAAGAAUUUUCGGUGGACGAUUUAAUAGUUUUUGGCAAAGAUGUAAAAAUCGUCUUUGGAGAUAGGUGUGUAUCCCUGAGCCCUUUUGCCAAGAAUAUAACUAUGAGUUUAUCUAUGUACAAUCUUAAGUAUACUGUUAAAAUCAAUUAUGAUUUGCAAGGGUCUAAAAUUACCAAAAAGUACAAACAGGCUGCUUUGACCCUACCCGGUGAUUCUAUAUAUUUUAAGUUUGUAGAAGAGUUGCCUUCUGAAUCUGAUUCCGAUCUCUUAGAUCAGCAAGCUUUGGAAUACUAUAAAACUUUAGACUCGGAUAAACAGUCUGAAACUGAUGAAACUUCUGUUCAACCUGGUGUUGAGCGUCCUGCUGAACCUACAACUGAUCAGCAAGUACCCUCAAGUUCUGCUCAACAAGAUACGGAUUCUAGCAUAGGAACCAUUUCUAGACCAACUGCUUAUCGUCCAAUAACUGCAGGUACCGGUAGAUCAAUAAUGUUAUAUGGACCACGAAGUACCAGUCCACCACAAGAUACAUCUCAAUCGCAAAGUGCUGAAACAUCAGAAGAUACUAGUUUAACACAAGAUACUAGCCUAACACAAGAUACACCUACAUCUCAAGAUACUGCUCUAACACGAGUUACUGUUCCAACCAAGCCUAUUGUUCCAUCCCCUAAACUUCCUGAUCAAAAACAAGAUUUUAUAGAAAUAACUAGAGAUGAUCUAUCCGGAACUGACGGAUACGAAGAUCGUGAGGAAGUUAAGGCCGGUCCCCUAGAUUUCCGCUGUGUUUUAUUUAAAAAUACUAGAAACUCCUUCGACAAAUUGUCCUUUAAAAAUAUUAAACUCAAUUUAUCAAAGGAUGCAGAUAGCUUUGAAAUCUGCUACACAAACUCUGUCCCCAAAACUAAUUCUAUCUCAGCAAUCGGUAAAAAUUAUCACAUUGUAGUGUCAUCACAGUUUUCAGCAAUAACAGUUGAGCAAUUUUAUAAAUUUACACCUGGGAUUUUUAGCGACACUAUGUCGCCACUAUAUGAUUACAAUUUUUUCGGGGAUCUUAAGACCUACCCGGAAAGAAAAGUAAAGUCUAAUUCACAAACCUCUUCAACCACAGAAUAUAUUUUAAAUAUGGAUACAUUUGCGGAAGAUAAUGACUCAUUUUUGGAAAAAGUGGAUUGUGGCAAGUGUGUAGUUUACAGAUAUGUUGACGGAUUGGAAACCGAGAGUCGUGUAAGUACAGUAACCGGACUUAAAUUUGGUAAUUAUACUUUUAAAAUUCCAGAAGGGAAACGAUUUGUAAUGGCGUCACUGUGUACCCAGUAUUUGACAACCAAACACGUAAGCGUUAUGCUGAGAGAUAUGUUUUUAUACGAGAAUUACGUAUUCUAUAGUGUUGAUGGCUCUAAGUACCAGGAAAGGAAGUAUUUGGAGGAGGAAGAACGGUUUCAACUGAUUAACUUGACCUCCAAAGUGUGGCAUAAAAGGGAAUCGAGCGGUAAAAUGGAUUCUUUUCAAGACGGUACGGAUGAUGAGGUACAAGUUUUGUGUCUUAACCAGUUCGUGAAAACCAAAAAAACAAGGACUCACAAAGCAUGUAAGAAACUAGAAAAUCUUGACAACUUUAAGCUUCUUUAUACUGAUGAUAAUUUUACGAAUUUGGCCUUUAAACAAAGAGCUCCGAAAUCUUCAGUAAUUGUAGGAAACGUCAUGUUUGACUUGAAAACUGACAAUGAAGAUGAUAAGUUUAUAUAUAUUUCACACAGUCAAAAUGAACCAAUCAACGUUUUGGUGUUGAGCUCAAACAAUGAAAGCUUCUCUGUAGCUGAAAAGACUCCUGGCUCAAAUCUCUUUGGCCCAAUGACUGAUUCCCUAAGCAAGGUUCAGCCCGGGUUCUCGAAGAAGCACCUUAACAUUGGAGUCCAUAUGAUUAGCGUGUAUGAUAUUACUUGGAAUUUUAGCGACUAUUUAAAGAGGCAUUAUCUGUACCCUUCCCAAUUCCCUCAGUACUGUCUCGGGGACAUAGUCUUCCGCAACGUGAGAAUCCUCUCCCACAAAGACGAGGGAUACAAACAGAUUUCUGCAGCUGAUAGAAACCAAUUGAAUACUGUAACAGUAACAACAAUACUGGGAGAUAACAGACUGGUUUUGGCUGUCAGUGUCGAUGAUAAAAGAAACACUACAAUUGUAGCGUUAAACAAACCUAGUCAAACAUGCAACUAA